AGCCCUACGCCGCCUUCACCUUGCUCCUCCUCCUACAAUGUAUAACCAGGCAGAGCUCUGAGCGUAGGCAAGGACUGUCAGCUACACAUUCCACGCUCAGUACAGGACCUGGAAUUAUCAGGACACCAAGCCCAUAGAAUGGCAGGAGAUAAGAUCACUGGAACUUUGGUUUUCACUGUCUUCACUGCGGUCCUGAGUUCUUUCCAGUUUGGAUAUGACAUAGGUGUGAUCAAUGCACCUCAACAGAUAAUAAUAUCUCAUUAUAGAAAUGUUUUGGGCAUUUCACUGGAUGACCGAAAGGCUACCAACAACUAUGUUAUCAACACUACAGAUACAUUGCCCACAAUCUCAUACCCAGGGGGCCCAACACCAGGCCCCAGGCCUGAGGAGGAGACUAUGACAUCUACUGGCCUAAUCACCAUGCUCUGGUCCUUGUCUGUAUCUACCUUUGCAGUGGGUGGAAUGAUUGCAUCAUUCUUUGGUGGGUGGCUUGGGGACAAGCUUGGAAGAAUCAAAGCCUUGUUGGCAGCAAACAGUCUCUCGUUAGCUGGAGCUCUCUUGAUGGGGUGUGCCAAACUGGGGCCAUCUCAUAUUCUCGUGAUUGCAGGAAGAAGCAUAUCAGGACUCUACUGUGGGCUAAUUUCAGGGCUGGUUCCCAUGUACAUUGGGGAAAUUGCUCCAACCUCGCUCAGGGGUGCUCUUGGCACCCUUCAUCAGCUGGCCAUUGUCACGGGCAUUCUUAUCAGUCAGAUUGUUGGCCUUGACUUUAUCCUGGGCAAUCAUGACCUGUGGCACAUAAUGUUUGGCCUGUCUGCUGUACCAGCUCUUUUGCAGUCUCUGUUCCUAAUCUUCUGUCCAGAAAGUCCCAGAUAUCUUUAUAUCAAGUUGGAAGAAGAAGUCAAAGCAAAGCAAAGUUUGAAAAGACUCAGAGGAAGUGAUGAUGUCACUAAAGACAUGAAUGAAAUGAAAAAGGAAAAAGAAGAAGCAUCAAGUGAGAAAAAGGUAUCUGUUACCAAGCUCUUCACCAAUUCCAGCUACCGAACACCUAUGAUAGUCGCACUGAUGCUGCACAUGGCUCAGCAAUUUUCUGGAAUCAAUGGGAUCUUUUACUAUUCAACCAGUAUUUUUCAGACAGCAGGAAUCAGCCAGCCUGUUUAUGCAACCAUCGGAGUUGGCGCCAUCAACCUGGUUUUCACUGCUGUCUCUGUGUUGCUUGUGGAGAAGGCAGGACGGCGCUCUCUGUUUCUAAUUGGAAUGAGCGGGAUGUUUUUCUGUGCCAUCUUCAUGUCAGUGGGACUUGUGCUACUGGACAAGUAUGCUUGGAUGAGUUACGUGAGCAUGACGGCCAUCUUUCUCUUCGUCAGUUUCUUUGAAAUUGGGCCAGGCCCGAUCCCCUGGUUCAUGGUGGCCGAGUUCUUCAGCCAAGGACCGCGCCCUACAGCUCUAGCACUGGCAGCCUUCUGCAACUGGUUUUGCAAUUUCAUUAUAGCUUUAUGUUUCCAGUACAUUGCGGACUUCUGUGGACCUUAUGUGUUUUUCCUCUUUGCUGGAGUGGUCCUGGUCUUUACUCUGUUUACAUUUUUUAAAGUUCCAGAAACUAAGGGAAAGUCUUUUGAGGAAAUUGCUGCAGACUUCCGAAAGAAGAGUGGCUCAGCCCAACAGCCAAAAGCUCCAGUAGAAAUGGAAUUCCUUAGAGAUACAGAGACUGUGUAAAGACAGUUUGCUUUUUUAUAUGUACAAAACAGGAAGGAAAUUAUAUAUUUUAGAUUCUUCAAGAAGUUUAUGCACAUAUUUCAAAGUAUUAUUUUAUUUUUUAAAGUGUUGCAUUGGCUCUGAUCAGAAAUGUUAACAAAUGUUACCAAGGAAAGUGUUUUUUAACUUAGAGACUCUAUCUAUUUUUAGUGGUUAGACUGUAAUUAAGUACAUGACAAGGAUAGUUAGCUUGUUUUGGUACUCUAAAGGACAAAGAAGUGCUAAUAUUCUCAGUCCUAUUUUAUAUUACAAUAUUGCCCUGAAGUUGAAGAGCUUUUAAUAUAGUAUUGCUUCAUUAAAUGAGUGACCAGACACCAGGAGAUACAACCAGUAUCUAUCUAUUUAAAAACAGUUAAAUUGUAAUUCACUGAUGACCCACAGACCUUAUACCAAUGGAGAUAUAGCUAGUGGCAGUAAGAUUCAUGUAAAAAUCAACUUUUCUAUUUCUCUUACCAUGCUUCUGUCUUAUUAGAAUUUGUUUAAUAUUUUAUUCUUCAGUAUUCUCAUGCAGAAUAAUUUACUGAAUAUGGCAAAAUAUGUUUAUGAAGAAAAACAUUUAUUUUGGGUAGAUACCAAAAAUCUUCCUGUACUCAGGAAAAACAUCUAAUUGUUUCUUCUGGUUAAUAACCAAAUAGCUUUUCAAGACUCAACAGUUAAAAGGUUUUAGCUGGCCAUAUAUAGGACUGGAUUGGAUUAUCAGUCAAUAUUAGUGCUUACUGCAAAACCAUGUGAAGACCUUACUGUUCAUUCUUUAUGUUUUAUUUUGUUUUACUCUAUAGCAUAGACUCGUUAUCUGAGCUAUGUUACAAAGUAACUCAAUCAUGAGUCAGGCAUUUUGUAUAUUUACUCAAACCUCAAUAAAUUGGAUCAAUCUAACUCAGGAACAUUUGGAGUAAAGGAUUGCUAUUCAUCAAGAAAAAAAUUUUUUCUUGUUUAGCAAGGUUCAAACAAGUUAAGAGGCAUGGCUUCAAAAUUCCAAAAGGUGGGGUCCUGAAACCAUGAAUGCUCAGCUUCACACUUGAUCAAAAUCCCUGUUUGAUUUUCCUGGAAACACUAUGUUCCCUACCCCAGAACAACCAUUCCCUUUGACCCUCCUUCUUUGUCUUAACUAUAGAUAGAUGCCAUUCAAGCUACUCCUCUAUUGCUGUUACUAGUAAGUACUAUAUGCUACUAAUGGGGUAGACACAGCUCUAAGAACGUCAACCCACAUAGGCAAAUUGGAAAUACACAGAUGGUUAAAUAGACGUCACCUUAUAGUGGACUUUACAAAUAUGGAUGCACCCUUCUGAUGAAUAUCAAAGGCUUAGCAGAGCACUGAAGUUAUCUGCAGGAUGUUCUCCCCAUAAAAUGGAACACUGAGUCAAUCUUCUUUAUGUUUCUUUUAAUAUACAUGGAAGAAAAACAAAAUGCUUUAAAUACAUUUUAAGAAUUAAAAAAAAAACUUCCUCUCUCUUGGUUAAAGUUUUUCACCUGUAUGCAAAAUUUGGCAAUGGAAGUAUCAUGAAAUUAGUUUUCUUCACUUUGACUAAUUUUUUUAAAAAAUAUAGUUGGGCCAACUUAAAGCUAUUUUCACUUGUGACUUCAGGAUAACUAGUGAGCAUAACUAGUUCAAGAACUCUGUGAACUCUAGACUGUUUCAGUAGGAGAACAGGAAAAUGUUUCUGGUGGCUCUUGUCACUAUUUCAGGAUGCUAAAGGCCUUUGUUACAAUAAUAAAGGAAUCUUCCCCUUCAUAAGAGAAUGUAAUAUUUACCAAAUCAUGAUUCUUGGAUUCAUUUACUAAAAAAAAAAAGCAGUAAAGGUUUUUUAAAAUAGUGCCAAAGACUACUUUUAAAUUGUAGUUAGUUAUUUUGACUGACUCACAAACACCAGAUAUUCAGAGUCUGAAGUUUUCUUCCUCCAUGUAAUUUAAGGAUCUUUCAUCAUUUUCCUUCCCCAUUUUUUUCCUGGCAGAGAGUCAUCUUUCAUAUCUAUCAGAACACCAUGCUAACCCUGCAGACACCAAAAUCCUCAAAUGUUGAAGGACCUUAGAGAAAAAUGUAGUAGUAUUUACAUAUAACCUACAUAAAUCCUCCUAUAUAUAUUGCAUUAUCUCUAGGUUACUUAUAAGACAAUGUAAAUACACUAUGUAAAUAGUUAUUACAUUGUAUUAUUUAGGGAAUAAUGACAAGAAAAAUAUCUGCACAUGUUUAGUACAGAUGUCAUAAAAAAAAUUUCAGUCUGAGGGUGUAGAAGCCACCAAGACCACAGCUAACUGUGUAGAAAAUACUGAGGAUAAAUGAGAAGGCAAUAAAGCUUUACACAAGGACCAAAGAACUAGUUUAACAAAACAAAAACCCUAGGUAAUAAACAUUAUACUCUAUAGUAAACAAGAAUAACACUGUUUAGAUUUAAUCAUAGGAAACUUAAAUACAAACUUGAACACUUAAUUUUCCAAGUAUCAUUUUUGAGGAAGUAUUUUCAUACAGUAAAACAAAUAAGGUUUUCUCUUAGCUAGUUCAAAAUAUGAUUAGAAUUCUUGGUCUGGCCACUCACCUGAUGCACCUGGCUAUUGCCCACUGCCAUGUCUUGGGUAGGAAAGUGUGUUUUCCAAUUUUAUUUCCUGUUUUCCUCUACAUAGUCACCACUGUGCUCUCAGGUACUAGUAAGUCAUUAGUACACACACAAACACACACACACACGCACACACACACACACACACACACACAUGCACACACACACACACACCAAGAAGCUCACAGUGUAAUGAAGAAUGCAGGAAAACCAGGGUAAUUAUAUACCAUCUGGAUUUUAUGCCUUUCAUGAACCAGGUUCAUAGAAAAUGGGCACAGUGUUACCUACCUCAGAGAACUGUCACGCAGAUUAAGCAUAGAAUAUUAAGCACAGUGCCUAUUAAAAGGGAAUGCUCAGUAAAUGUUACCUAGAAUUAAUAUUCCCAGAAAUACUGUUGGAAAAAAGGUUAUUACAUAUGAGAUAAUUAUAGAUUUUCUUUUAAAUGAAAAGAGUUUUUAUAAGUUCAAGAUAAUAUUUUACUUCAAAAAAAUCUCAAAACAAGGAAAUGGUAAGAAUCAAGGGUAAGUACUAGUCUAUCUAAUUCCUAAAUCCAAAUGUGAUAUUUUUUACAAGAAAGUCUUUAAGAGUUUUGUAUUUUUUAAAUUUGCUUUCACUUACGUUAUUUUUAAGGGAUCAAUAUGUAAUAUUUUUUUCUUUGGAUAAUGUUAAAUAAAAAAUAAGAUGCUGUAUUCCAUCCGUAAAUUAACAGGAUUCAAUCACAAGAAGAGACCAACUUUGUUGAUAUUUCUCAGAAACUGCAAAAAUGUCAUAAGCAUGCAAAUCAAUGUAUAUGCAUAAAUUCUUUCUUAUUAUUAGCUUAAUUGGUGCAUGUGUAUCACCCAAAACAGUGUUAGACAAUAUCUGUGUUUACAGUGUCCUAGACAGAGGUGCUGCAUAAACUGUAAAAUAUAAAUACAGAUAUAUUUUUUGAAAUUCUGUAUUAGUAACCUUAAAGAGAAAACAUUUGUUGCCAGCUACUCUGAGCACUCUGUUAGUGUUUUCACUGCCAUCGAAUUAGGUAUAUAUGAAAAGAAUUAUUAGGAAAACACUGCUUUUAGUUAAAGGUAUAUGUAUACUAUUGUUUUAUGUUUCUGAGUGAUUAAUCUUGCUGCAUUUCAUAUAAAAAUUACUACAUUAUUAAAAAUUGACAUUGGCUUACUAGA